UCUGUCCUAUCAGAACUGCGUUCCAGAAGACGAAAUGAAAAAACUUUUGAAAAAAUUUCUAAUGCCAUGAGGCAGAGAGGCCAUACCAGGGACUCAGUGCAGUGCAGAGUUAAAGUGAAGGAGCUCAGACAAGCCUACCAGAAAACCAAAGCAGCAAAUGGCAGAUCCGGAUCUGGGCCAAAAACAUGCCGCUUCUACGCUGAGCUGCAUACAAUUUUAGGGGGCUGCACCACGACAAGCCCCCCCUUGUCUGUGGAUUCUGAGGUGGGGGUAAUAAUCUCACCCAUGGCUGAGGAUUCAGCGGAGGGGGAAGAUUACGAGGAGGAAGAGGAGGAAAACCUUGCUGAAAGCACACAGCACUCCAUUCUCCCCAACAGCCAGGAGCUUUUCGUGACCCAGACAGAAUUAAACUCCCAGCCCUCCCAAGCCACUAGCCCAGACAGUGAAGCCAUGGAAGCGACCUCUGCUGCAAAUUUUUCAAGCCUCCCUACUCCAGCCCGAAGGCUAGCUCAGAUGAGGAGGAGGAAGAAGAGGACACGAGAUGAAAUGUUCACAGAAAUCAUGGCAGUAACCCGCAAUGAAAGAGCUCAUCUGGGGGAGUGGAAGGACGUGGUAGCAAACUACAGGAAAGAUGCCAGUGAACAUGAGGACAGGAGGGACGCUCGAGAUGAGAUGUGGCGGCAGCAAGAUCAGCGGUGGCGGGAUGCAAUGCUGCAGCUGCUGAGCGAUCAAACUGACAUCCUCCGAAGUCUGGUGGAAGACCUGCGGGGUCACAGAGUGCCACUCCAGCCCAUGUUUAACCUCCCUCAGUACUCACCAUGUUCCAUAUCUUCCACACCCAGACGUGUAAGAAUGCGUGGGGGAAGGCUUUCUGCACCCGCCCACUCCACCCCCAUGGACAGUCCAACCAAAAGGCUGUCAUUACAUUGAAAUGUCCUUAAUGGCCUUUUUCUUCCCUCCUAUCCUCCUCCCAAACCACUCCCGGGGUACCUUGUUAUUUCUCUUACUCUUUUUAUAAUUACAUGCUUU